AUGCACGAUAAAAACGAUCAAGAAGUAGAAAAUGAAAAAAAAUCUACUCCAGAAAAACCCAAAUUAAGUUUAAUGAGUGGUAUUGCAUUACUAAUUGGUUCAAUUAUUGGUUCGGGAAUUUUUAUUUCACCACGUGGUGUACUUCUUGGUACUGGUUCUUAUGGUUUAUCAGUUUUGAUAUGGAUUAUAUGUGGAGUAAUUUGUGUUCCCGGAUGUUUAUGUUAUGCCGAAUUAGGUACAAUGAUUCAUAGUUCUGGCGGAGAUUAUACAUAUAUUAAAAUGGCAUUUGGUGAUUGGGCUGGUUUUUUACGAAUAUGGAGUGAAAUAUGUUGUGUACGUCCAGCUAUAAUUGCUGUAUGUGGUAUAACAGCAUCAGCUUAUUUACUUCAACCACUUUAUAGUCCAUGUUCUCCACCUCAUUUAGCUAUAAUACUAUUAGCUUGUCUUUUUGUUUUGAUAUUAACACUUCUUAAUUUAUUGUCAACUCGUGGAGCAGUUAUGUGGCAAAAUGGAACAUUUUAUGCUAAAAUUUUUGCAUUAGUUCUUGUUAUUAGUCUUGGAAUUUUUCAAUUAAUACGAGGUCAAAAUGAUGUAUUUGCAUCUCCAUUUGCAAAUACUCAAACAAGUGUUAAAAAAUUAUCUAUUGCACUUUAUAUUGGUUUAUAUCCUUAUUCGGGUUGGAAUUAUUUAUCAAAUGCUAUUGAAGAAUUAAAAAAUCCAGCACGUAAUUUUCCAAUUGCAAUUAUGACAUCAAUUAUAGCUUGUACAAUACUUUAUUCACUUGCUUAUAGUGCAUAUUUUACAUCAUUAACACCUUAUGAAGUAAUGACGUCUGAUGCUGUUGCUGUUUCAUUUGCAGAAAAUAUUUAUCGACCACUUGCAUUUAUUAUGCCUUUAUUUGUAUCAAUAUCAGCUCUUGGUGGUCUUAAUGGGCAAAUCUUUACAAUUGUUCGUAUGUUUUCUGUUGCUGGUCGUGAUGGUCUGUUACCGACAAUAUCUGCUUAUCUUCAUAUAGAUCGUUUGACACCUGUCAUUCCAUGUAUUGUUGAAGGAAUACUUGGUGUUCUCUAUGUACUUGUUGGGGAUGCUGAACGUCUUCUUGGUUAUUUAAGUUUUAGUACUUGGCUUGUUUGUUUAUGUGGUGCAAUAAGUGUACUUAUUUUUCGUCGUACAAUGCCCGAUGCUCCUCGACCAUUUAAUGCUGGUGUUAUUGCUCCAAUUGCAUUCAUUAUUCCAAUGACUCUUCUAACUCUUGUUAAUAUAAUAUUUAAUCCAAUUGAUAUUUUAGUUGGUGUGCUUAUUCUUCUUUCUGGUUUACCUGUCUAUUGGAUAUUUGUUCUCUAUCGGCCUAAAUCAAUUGAUAGAUUCAGCCAAUCAAUUGCUAUAUAUUUACAAAAAUUAUUUCUUGUAGUACCAGAUGAUGAUAAACAUCAUGAUUAA